ACAUUAAAUCAUUAUUGAAAGUAAAAAAGAGGACAGCUUGGUGAUAUUUAAAUAUUAAAAAAUGAUUACGGAUGUCCAAUUGGCCAUAUUCUCCAACUUUCUAGGAGUUUUCCUGUUUCUACUGGUAGUGCUUUAUCAUUAUAUCAACGCGAAUUCCAAUGCGAAGCUCAGCUCGAAGAAUAAAUGAUAAAAACAAAGAUCUUAAGGUAUAUAAAUAUGCUUAUUACUGUGUACAUUAUCAUGAUUGUAGAAU